AUGCCACCCUUCAGCCGGUGGAGUCACCGUCUCUGUGGUGAAGAAUUUAUUGUGACUGACACACAAACCAGACCAGUCAGCCCUAGGGCAUCAAUUCUAGCGGAUGACAUGGGACUUGGUAAAACUAUUCAAACUAUUUCUUUGAUUGCUACCACACUGGAAGCAUCAAGACAAUUCGAACAUCAGGAUUCAGCAUCAGAUCUCACCCACGCAAACAAUCACCUACGUCCAUCUCACACCACUCUGUUGAUCUGUCCUACUAGUCUCAUGGAUAACUGGGAAAAUGAAGUUGAAAAACACACUAAGAAAAACAGUUUGAAAAUUAUGCGCUGGCAUGGCAUAGACAGAGUCAAACUACCUCUACUGGUCAUUGAUGAAGCUCAUAUAAUCCGUAAUGAAACCAGCUCCCAUGCAGUCCUCACCUCUGUGGAAUCAGUCAACCGGCUCUGUCUCACUGGAACUCCACUCCAUAACCGAAUUGGAGACUUGCACAUGCUCUUCAAAUUUCUGCGCAUCAAGCCAUUUCACCAAGACUCUGUAUGGUACCGUCAAAUCACUCUGCCUGUUCAUCAAGGAAAUUUGGACACACUCAACCUGCUACUAGGAUACUUUAUGCUGAGGAGAACAAAAGCUAGCCACCUACGUGAUUUACCUCCAAUAUAUCAUGAGACCAUCUUAUUGGACAUGCAUCCUCAAGUGAAACCAGUAUAUCAGCAACAUUAUGAAAGAUUCAUUCGGGAAUUUGGGAUUAGCUCUCAAAUCCAACAUAAACAGGGUGAAUAUUUCAGACAAUUAAGCAAUCUCAGGAUGACGUGCAAUCACCCUCUUUUAUUCAAACAAGAACAAGAGUUCAAUCAGAUCAAGAUUACGGAGAUGGAGGAGGAGCUAGGAAUCAUGGUGCCUGACGGGAGGGAAUUGACUGCGGAGGCCAGGCCAGCCUACCUGGAGGACUGGUCACUGAGCAGCAAGCUUACAUACUUGGUUUCCCAGCUCAAACAGAAGCAGGGACUUUUGCAUAAAGGUCUAUGCAAGAAGACUGUUAUCUAUACACAAUGGAGGUGUUUCAUGGAGUGGUAA